GGAGUGACACCUUCUUCUUGAGUGGGCCUGAUCUUCUUCUGUAAAGCCCGUCUUCAAAUCUGUAAUUCUUCGUUGAUUGUGUACUCGGUACUCUAUACUUGAACUGUAUUCUCGCAUCUAUCCAUCUCUGGGCUUCAACGUCUCAGUAUAUACGGGAAUUUCAAAACAGACGUCAACCACAUCAUCAAAAUGACUACUACUCAUCUUGAUGCUUCCGAAGUCGACAGCUAUGACUACCUCAUCGUGGGUGGUGGCACAGCGGGCUGUGUCAUUGCCUCUCGUCUGGCGGAAUAUCUGCCACACAAGAAGAUUCUGUUGAUCGAAGCUGGACCCAGUGAUUUCAUGGAUGACCGAGUCCUCGAUCUCAAGCAGUGGCUCAAUCUGUUGGGAGGAGAACUUGACUAUGACUAUGGCACCACGGAGCAACCCAUGGGGAAUUCGCACAUCCGACAUUCUCGUGCCAAAGUUCUGGGUGGCUGUUCCAGCCACAACACCUUGAUCUCCUUCCGGCCGUUCGAGUACGACUGCAAAAUCUGGGAGUCCAUGGGAGCCAAAGGAUGGACGUUCCCUACCUUUAUGCGAGUGCUCAACAAGCUCCGCAACACGGUGCAACCGGUCCACGCCCGACACCGCAAUCAGUUGUGCAAAGACUGGGUCGAAUCCUGCAGCACGGCGAUGGACAUUCCCGUGGUUCACGACUUCAACAAACAAAUCUCCAGCACCGGGUCACUCAAGGAGUGUGUCGGGUUUUUCUCCGUCUCUUACAACCCGGACGACGGACGACGUUCGUCCGCCAGCGUGGCGUACAUCCACCCCAUCCUCCGAGGCGAGGAGAAUCGGCCCAACCUCAAGAUCCUCACCAACGCUUGGGUCUCUCGGAUCAAUGUCAGUGGUGGUGACAAGGUCACCGGCAUCGACCUGACUCUUCAAUCUGGGACCAGUCUGACCCUGACCGCAAAAACUGAAACGAUCCUCUGCGCCGGUGCCGUCGACACUCCCCGACUCAUGCUCCUGUCCGGUCUCGGUCCUGCUUCGGACCUCCAAUCUCUGCACAUCCCCGUGGUGAAGGACAUCCCCGGGGUGGGUGAGAAUCUGCUCGAUCACCCAGAAACCAUCAUCAUCUGGGAACUGAAUCGACCAGUCCCUCCGAACCAGACCACCAUGGACUCGGACGCGGGGAUCUUUUUACGUCGCGAGGCUCCCGACGCCGCCGGCGCCAAACCCAUCCCUACAAACCCACACGCCCUGCCAGAUUCCGACAUCGCGGACGUCAUGAUGCACUGUUAUCAGAUCCCAUUUUGUCUCAACACGACCAGGCUGGGCUACGACACUCCGAUCGACGCCUUUUGCAUGACCCCCAACAUCCCCCGACCCCGGUCGCGUGGGAAACUCUACCUCACCUCGUCCGACCCGGCCGUCAAACCGGCCCUCGAUUUCCGGUACUUCACCGACCCGGAGGGUUACGACGCCGCCACGUUCGUCUUCGGGUUGAAGGCCGCCCGCAAGAUCGCCCAGCAGGCCCCUUUCAAGGACUGGAUCAAGCGUGAGGUGGCGCCGGGCCUCAAGGUGCAGACCGACGAGGACCUGAGCGAGUACGCCAGGCGGGUCGCCCACACCGUCUACCACCCGGCGGGGACGACCAAGAUGGGUGACGUCCAGAGGGACCCCAUGGCGGUCGUGGACGAGAGACUGAACGUCAGGGGCCUCCGGGGGUUGAGGAUCGCCGACGCCGGUGUCUUCCCCGCCAUGCCGACCAUCAACCCCAUGUUGACCGUGCUGGCGGUCGGCGAGAGGUGCGCGGAGAUCGUCGCCCAGGAAGCCGGCUGGAAGGGCGACGGGGCCGUCAGGGCAAUGUUGUAGGAUGAGACCGAGGAUUGAAAAGGUCGGAACAAGUGUCGGAACAACGACCAACAGGGGGUUCCGGAUUCAAAUCCAUCCCGAGAAAUCAGAAUCGACAGACUGAUCAAACAGAGUAGUCCAACAGAGUACAUUUGUUCGGAAGAAGAAGGAAAGAAAAAAGAAAUCAACGGGGUCAUCUUUGUUACCCGCGGGAGGAUUAUACUUACCUUUCAAGGUCAAGCGUCGACAGUAUGAGGUUUUUGGAAAAAAAUGUCAACCCCGGGACCACUUUGUCGAGCUUGUCACAUGGUCUACAGGCGUAUGGGAGGGAAGGGAAGGCAAGGUAAAGAUAAGGUAUAGGGACCUUAUGUUGGGG